UCCAAGCUAGCAUGGCUUCCUCUUCUUUUCAUCUUUUUCUGUUAAUCUCUUUGCCGUUCUUGUAGGCUCUGCUUCCCUUCCGAGGGGGUCCUUCAACGUCAUUUGAGGGACCCUCGUCCUUUAAUUUUGCUAAUUCUUAUUCUUACUAAUUAAUUUAACCAUAUAGAUUAUGAAAGAUAUUUUUUUUGCGUUGUUUCUGGAUGGAAAUACUUUUUAGAACGAAGAAUUCAUAAAUAUCAUUUACAAAUUUCUUCAACCACAAGUUCUUGGAGGUUGUUUAUUUGAUAUACACAUACAUCGUAAGAGGCUAGAAGCAUGAACUGCUUCCCUUGUUGUGGCCCUAAAAAAAGCAAUAGCAAGAGGGAGCAUGGGUCUCCACCCCCAGAACUUGUUACAGGAAAAAAUCCAGAUAUGAAGAAACAAAAAGCUGACGAGCAAAACCAAGCUGACCCUGGCAAUAUUCAGGCACAGGCUUUCAGUUUCCGUGAGCUAGCAACAGCAACAAAGAAUUUCCGUCAGGAAUGCCUCAUUGAUGAAGGAGGUUUCGGCAGAAUCUACAAAGGGAUAAUUCCUUCCACCGGCCAGCUUGUGGCGGUGAAGCAACUCGACCGAAAUGGGAUCCAAAGCAGUAAGGAAUUUCUGGCUGAGGUUGCGGAGCUAAGUCUCUUGCACCACGAAAAUCUGGUCAAUCUCAUUGGUUAUUGUGCUGAUGGAGAUCAACGUCUUUUGGUCUACGAGUUAUUUGCUUCGCGUACUCUAGAAAACCGUCUUUUUGAGAAAAAAGCGGAUGAGAGCCCAUUAAAUUGGUUUGAAAGAAUGAAAAUAGUAGCGGCUGCUUCUAAAGGACUAGAGUACUUGCAUGAGACUUCGAAGCCCCCGGUUAUAUACCGGGACUUGAAAGCGUCGAGCAUCUUGGUGGACAGUGAUCUGCUUGCAAAACUAUGUGAUGUUGGCAUGGCCAAGCUUUCUGGUGGAGACAAGAUGAACAAUGGACCUCCAAGACUUAUGGGUACCUAUGGUCACUGUGCUCCCGAGUAUGUAAAAGCUGGUCAACUCACCUUGAAAUCAGAUGUAUACAGUUUCGGAGUUGUCUUGCUAGAGCUCAUAACUGGACGAAGAGCCAUUGACACCUCAAAGCCAAACGAAGAGCAGAAUCUUGUUUCAUGGGCAACACCCUUGUUCAGGGACCCCAAGAGAUAUCCAGAAAUGGCAGAUCCACUUCUUAAUAAGAACUUCCCAGAAAAAGAUCUGAAUCAAGUUGUUGCAAUAGCAUCCAUGUGCUUACAGGAGGAAGCAGAAGCUCGUCCUUUGAUCAGUGACGUUGUAACUGCUCUAGGUUUCCUUUCCGCGCCUCCUCCUCCACCUGCUCAUGCUCCUGUCCCCAAAAAGAGUGAUGUUGCUGAAAGCGAAAGGGAAAGCGAUAGCGAGGGCGAAAGUGAGAGCGGAAGCGACGCAAUAUCUAGAAAGGGAAGCCGCAGAUCAUCGUUGGAUAAAAGUCAACAUGAUUAUUGUGAUAGCAGCCAUCUUCCACCAGUGGUUUCCUCUAAACCAAGCCGCAAAAGCAGCACCAGAUCAAGUAAAGGAAAACACAGUUCAGAAUCAGGAGAUGGGGUUAGCGUUUCUUCCAUCAGCAGCAAGAGCAGUAGGAAAUCUCGCGGUGAUUUAAGCCAGAAGAGCAGCAGAAAAUCUUCUGUGGAAGAUUUAAGCCAGCAGAAGAGCAGCAAAAAAUCCUCCGUGGAAGACCUAAGCCAGCAUAAGAGCAGCAGAAAGUCUUCUAGCACCAAAGACUUAAGCCAGAAGAGCAGCAGAAAAUCUUCCGUGGAAGACCUAAGCCAGCAUAAGAGCAGCAGAAAGUCUUCUAGCACCAAAGACUUAAGCCAGAAGAGCAGCAGAAAAUCUUCCAUCAGAAAACCUUCUAGCAGAGUUUUGAGCCACAAGAGCAACGUUGCAUCUGAGGAUGGAAGCAUUUCCUCAAGUUGUCGUAGCAGCAGUGUGGGAUCAGAGGAUGAAGGGGUUCGGUCAGAGCGUAGCAGCAUGAGGCUAUCACAAGGAAGUUAUCGCUCGGACCCCUAUGGCAGCAGAAGGACAGAGGAUGAGAGCAUGAAUAUUUUAGACCGUGCAACCAGCAUUGGGUCUGAUGAGGAUAGUGGUCACCCUUUUGACCAAACAAGCAGCAGUGGAGGAUCAAGUGUUUAUUCGCGAUAACUAAACUUAUCAACCUCUGCUUAAUUGUGCCACUUGUGAUGAUGAUGAUGAACAUGCAUGCAUGCUCAUUCUUUGACAUGUUGCUUUGUAUUUUUGCCACACAAUAUGUGGGAUUCUUUUAAAAACUAUUACUUUAAUAUCAAGCGUCCUUAAUAUUUA